AUGAUAGAUUCUUCAACUCUGAAACAUAAAAGGCAACAACGAGGUAACCGGUUAAAAGAAAAAGCAAAAACCGAUGAAAGGGAAGAAAGGAUAGAAAGAAAACUGAAUCAGAAGAAAAUACAUCGAAAUGGGUCAUUAAAUAACUUGAGGGAAAUUUUUGGUAGUGAACCUAGAAGAAAACAAAGAGAGAACAUACAAACAAAUGUGAAGCUACCAGUAUCAAAUACAAUUACUGGUAAAAUUGCAGGUACGAGUUUCCAAGGUACAUCAACCCCAAUGGCUUCAAUGAUCAUAUCUGAUAAUGAAGUUGAAAUAAUCCAGAGUCUUGAGGAAAUACCUAAUAGUAGAGAUACUAAAAAUAUCAAUAUUGAAUUACCUGUAGAAAUGACUAAAUCUCCAAUUGUUGCAAAAAAAGAAAUUAUAUCAAAUUCAACAAAAGGUUUAUCAAAAGAGCCCAGACCAGUCAACAAUAUAGAUAAUAAUUUACAAGCUACUGUCCUCUUUGAUGGUAAUGAUAAGCAUAGUAAACGAAAGCCUAAAUCCAUGUUAAAGAGUAUUUUAAAGAAAAGAAUCCAGUCACCAUUGGUUGUAUUAGAAAUGCUAAAAAUUACCACCAAGAAAUACACGAAAAAAGAACUAUUAGAGUUGUGUGAAAUUGGUGAUGAUCCAAUUAAUUUGCUUAAGAAAUAA